AUAACUACUACCUUAUUUUGAACUUGAAAAUAAUACCACAGAGGUUCAACUACCACGAACUGUCACCGGAACGUGAGGUAAAAAAAAAAUUAAAAAUAUGCAUCAACCAAUCUAAUUUUGAUAUAUUUCAGCUGAGGAUGCCCAUAGGCUCAGAAUCAUCGAUACAAAUUCAAAAGUAAUUUUGUAUUGCAUGAACAGCUUAACUAAAAAUGCAAACCAAGCAUAUGGUUCCACAUAGAAUCACUUUUUAUGUUUCCCUAUAUGAGGGUUCAAAGCAGAACCUUGUGGCACUCCUGAAGUAACAAUGGACUAGUUCAAAGUAUGUCUUCAGCGAAGAAGGUUGCCUCACGAGAAAUUUUGUCCCUACGCUUCUGGAUCAUGUUUUUCCUAGUCUUGAAAUAGUUCUACGAAAGUCUGCAUGCCGACUAUAUAAAUAAAGGUCAUCUGAAAUUGCUUCAGUUCUGAAUUCUCAUCCGUAGAAAUGGUUAGCAAAUGUGCAGUUCUCGUACUCGUGGUGCUCUACUCCUUCAUCCCCAGCACUAGCAGGGAAUGCGUCGCCAACCAUGUCUUGAAUCUAAGGGUCGCUGCUAAUGCCGUGUUGUCGUGGGAAAUCGACCCGAACGACCCCUGCGAGAUAGACGAGUUCCAAGUAGAUGUCCUUGGUGACAGAGAUGAAUAUCAUUUCAAAGUGAGGGACACCGAAGUGGACUUCUCAUUCUUCUUGCUGCCCUGCGAAGAAUUGAUAUUCGUCGUGACACCCAUUUCAAACGGAACUUUGGGAGUUGCGCGUCGUCUCACUCAAAGCAUUCCCCUUCCACCAAAUGCUGACAUCUCCCUCAGAUACUUCAACCUGACCGAGAUAGACUCCAGAGAUAUUCUUUUGGAAUGGACCCUGAUGAAUCACACUUACGGUGCAUGUACUCUGAAGUACAGGUUCACUGUCGAAGACCUAGACAACGGGUACAUUGAAGAAUUUAACGUUACCAGGCCAUCAGUAAAUUUGUACACACUUUCGCCUUGCGUCCCUUAUCAUUUCACCGUAGGGGCGAUUAAUUGGGCUUAUCCUACCAUUGAGGGUCCCAUGAGAUUCCUAGACCACGAAAUUAAACCAACAAUUGAGGGUGCCCCCACGCUUGAGACCAUAGAGAUAGGCGCCACAGAGGUCAACAUGACUUGGCGUUUGGAAAACCCCGGUAGCAACCGUUGUCCGAUCAGGACGUUGUACGUCGACGCCGGCAGCAACUUUAAUAUUUCCUUGCCGCUGGUGGACACUCCCGAAAGGCCGCCAGUGGAGGUGAACCUGAGGGGGCUCUAUCCCGACACCAUGUACUUCUUGAAGAUUUCUGUGGAGAAUUCUGGGGGAAUAUCGCGACCUGCUCAGUUGGGUGUACAGACUUUGGAGCUGUCACCUGGUAGUGGAUAACUUGCAUAUUAAAUUAAUUACGAACUAGUG